AUGCUCUCGAGCGCACUCUGGCUGCUGUGCCUUGCGGCAGCUGGGUCGAACGCGCAAGACACCUCCUCCUCUGCCACAUCAUCCGGCAGCACCUCGAGUUCGACUUCGCCCACGAGCACCAGUAGCACACAAUCCCAACCCUCCCUCUCCUUCACCCUCUCCGGCUGGUCCACGCUCACCGGCUCCGAGAUUGCUACCUCUGCUUUCACCGGAACCCAGUAUACCUACCUCUCCUACACCACUCAGACACCCGUCACCUUGGUGAGGACGACAUCCGAAAAUGGCACCCUGGCAACCAUCACCACCACAUCCAUGCCAUCCAACUCGCAGAUUACUGUGGCCAUGACCUCCGCAUCGGUGACAGCCAUCGUCGGUUCUGCCGCCAACUCCACGACGAACCAGACCGCUACCGCAACCACCAGCUCCGCACGGCCGUCGAAUACUCUGCCCUGCAAUGGCUUCCCCGAGUUCUGCACCCGAAAGUACAGCAACAUCACCAUGGUCGCUGCCCACAAUGCGGCCUUUGUCAUCAAGAACAAUGCUGCUAGCAACCAGCAACUCCCCAUCCGAGAUCAGCUGAAUGACGGGAUCCGCAUGUUGACGGGCGAAGUUCACUACGUCAACAAUACGCUCUACAAUUGCCACACGAACUGCAACAUUCUGAAUGCUGGGACGUGGCAGACUGAACUGGAGACCCUCAAGUCGUGGCUGGAUGAUCACCCGUACGACGUGGUCACCGUUCUCAUCGUGAACAGCGACUUUACGGCCGUGGAGAACUUCGUGGCACCCAUCACGAACUCUGGCCUGCUAUCAUACGCGUAUACGCCAUCCUACAUCCCGCAAUAUCGGGACCAGUGGCCGACGCUGGGCGAGAUGAUUCUCAAGAACCAGCGUGUCGUGUUCAUGAUGGACUACAAGGCCAACCAGAACUCCGUCCCGUACAUCUUGGACGAGUUCUCACAGGUGUGGGAGACGCCCUUCUCGCCAACCGAUCAGGCAUUUCCGUGCACUCAGCAGCGCCCUCCGAAUCUCGACCAGACAAAGGCCCGAGACGACUUCAUGUACCUUGCCAACCACAACCUCAACACCGCCAUUGAUCUAUCCUCCCUUGGAAUCUCGGGGGCCUCGCAGAUCCUCAUUCCAAACACUGCAGAGCUCAACAUCACCAACGGCGAGCAGAAUGAGUACGGACGUCUUGGUGCUAUGAGUAUCAACUGCACGAGUGAGUUAUCCUUCGCCCAUCCUAGUUCUCCAACCACUAAUCCCUCCCUCCAUAGACACGUGGAAUCGUCCCCCGAACUUCUUGCUUGUUGACUACUACAACAUCGGAAGCCCGACUCAAGGCUCAGUCUUCGAUGUUGCAGCAACUGCCAACGGCGUGACUUACACCCAGCAAUGCUGCGGCCUGAAACAGUCUGCCGCUCCAGUGGUCCGUACCAGCUUUGGUGGACUCUUCAUUGCCGUCCUGAGUACUGUUGUGAUUGCAUGGUGA